CUCUGCGGAGAUGGUGUGCGGCCUGCAGUAUCUUCACUCUCGUGGAAUUAUCCAUUGUGAUCUCAAGCCCGACAACAUUCUGAUAAGCAGCGAGGGUCACAUCAAGAUUGCAGACUUCGGCCUGGCAGUGGAACAUGUCUUUGGCCACGACACAACCUGCGGCUAUAGAGGAACACCUAAGUACAUGGCUCCAGAGGUGCUAGCAGACCAGCGAUAUAAUGCGGCGGUGGACUGGUGGGCAUUUGGCAUUAUUCUGUGCCAAAUGGCCACUGGCUGGUACCCAUUUGAUGACAAACACGGGGAUGCGGCAUUGAGACACUCCAUCCUUGAGGAUAAGGCCAAAGUUCCAACCUGGACUCCCUCCAAAUUAGUCAUUCUCCUUCGAAAGCUCCUGAGGAAGAAGGCUUGCAGCCGUUAUGGUGUCAAAGGAAACAUCAGGCAAUGCCUCUUUUUUGAUUCCAUUGACUGGGAAGCACUGGAAAACGGGAGACUGCCACCCCCAUUCCAGCUAGAAGCUUUGCAGCAACCGGCUGUGAAUAAUGAAGGGCGUCAAAUGAACAACUUGUUAUUUUUGAACAACAGUGUCCCAACAGGAGUUAAGAUCAUUGAAGGGUUUUCCUAUCAGAGUCCCAGCUGGCAGGAGUGACCCACAAUAUCGCACAUUAUCCUUUGCAUCCACAGUGUACCAUCAAAUGUCACCAUCAAAUGUCACCAUCAAAUGUCUAUCAACAUCAUUUGACCAAGGCCCCACCUAUUCUGUUGUAUUGCAUCAUCUGCCUCAUACCUUCUGCUCUGUCUCCAACUUACCCCAUCUAAUUGUGCCAUCACCUCCUAUAGAAGAAACAUCUGCUCUGUCUGACUAUGCGGUCUGUUAAACUGACCCUGUUAUUUCCAUCUGCCCUUACUGUCUACUCCAACUCAGUGGGUCAUCUUUAAUCUGUGUCAUUUACUCCAUCAAACAAUGCUACCACCUUCUCCAUCUGCAAUUGACACAGAUUACACCUUAACAUACUGUUGCCCCUUCUACCAUCUGAUCAUUUCACUGUGCCAUUAAGACUUAAGACAUUAAGACUACCAAAACACAAGUAUAAUCUGUCUGUACCAUCUAAGAUGCCCUUCCAUCAAAUCCAUCUAACAUAACAGAUUCUUUUUCAUUCUUUGUAUCCACUUUGAGUGUAACAUCUACUUAAACCAACUAAUCUACUUACUCUCUAAGUUUAUGUCUGUUUAAUCUAUAACAUCUUUAAUCUUUGUCAUCUACUUUAUCAAUGCUACUAUCUUUUCCAUCUGCAAUUAACAUCUGUCCCAUAACAUCGGCACCUUCUACCAUCUGAUUCAUAUGGCAUUAACAUCAACUGCUCAGGGACCUUGCCAUCUGCACUACCUGUUCUAGUUAUAGCAGCACAUUCAUCUAUGUGGCUGAAUUUUUUUUUAAAAAUCCCUUUUUCCCAUAGUAUAUAUUUAAUUCUAUCCCUUAUCCUCACUUAAUAUACCACCUUUCUGCCCAAAAUCAUAUUCCAUCACCACACUCAAUUUGCCACUUCUCAUUUUUUUCUAGACUAACAUACUUCUUCCACUACUCGCCACAUCAUUCAUUAAUAUUGCCACUUCCGCAAAACCAACUUGCUUCCACUGCACCAGUCACAUAUAUGUAUAUAUCACAUACCUCCCCUCAAUAAACAAUACAAGUUACAUCUCUCUCUUAUCACAACGUUGAUUCAGGGACUCGUCCGAUUGCCAUUUUGGGAUCAGGAAGGAAUUUUUUCCCUGUCUGAGGCAAAUUGGCUAUAG